AUGCCAGAAUUCACUCAAAAUCUUAUCCGUGAUCUGACGAAACUCUUGGAUCUUUCGGACGAAUAUAAUAUUACUAUUCUGGUUGGUGAUACUAAUGGAAAACUUGUAAAGUUUCAAGCACAUUCGCUGAUUCUUCGUGCACGGUCACCGUAUUUUAAACGAGCUUUAUCAAAGGACUGGUCGAAGAAAGAAGGGGAAAUGCACAUUUUUAAGAAACCGAAUAUCAGCCCAAAAAUAUAUGUAUACUGGAGUCGUGAAUUUGGACAAAUAUUCUGGAAAUGA